ACAAGUUUCUCUUCCCCUAGUAUAUAUAUGUAUCACCUUUUCACGUUCUAUUCACAAUAACCUUAGUGAAAAGUGUAAACACUAAAACUCUUUCUCCCAACGCCUCAUCCAAUGAAGAACUCGCCAAGAAACAAAGAUGACUCACAAACCAGCGGCAUGAUGACCAUCACCAGAAUCACCACUGCAAACCGACCCUAUAUCACUAGAUCCGAAACCGCCACUAUCUUCUGCGCCAACUCCUCUUCCUACAGACAAAUCGUCCAGAUGCUCACCGGACCCUCCAUGAAUCCUAACCCAACCCACCAACCCGCCCCACCCCUGAGGUACUCACUUCCUCCGGUCAGAACCGUCCCAACCAAGAACCACUCUUCUUCUUCUUCCUCCACCAUCUACGAACGCCGCAACCAACAACUCAAGAUCAACCCGGUACGUUCCGGUUUAACCGGGAACGUUCCUUCUCUCGUUCUCACCAGCCCUGACACUCCUCUCCUGCAUGACCCGUUUGGGUCUGUUACACCCAGCCCGAGCGCUUCCGAGCCCGGAGAGUACGAUCCGAAACAUGACUCGGACGUGGAGGAGAGAGAGAUAAGAGAGAAAGGGUUUUACUUGCACCCGUCGCCGUCGUCGACUCCGACUGAUCCGAAGCCUCAACUUCUCAUUCUCUUUCCGUUGACUUCUCCUCGAGCCUCGGACUCUCCCGCCUCCUCUACCUAAGCUCAUGAAGCUCUAUUUAAUCCUAUUUAAAAUAAAUAUUAUCUAAAUUUUUAUUUCGUAACCUAUAUUUUCGUUUUGGAAGCUAAGAUUUGUGAAUGCUGCUUGUGGCUAACUAAAAAUCAUGGCUCCAUAUAUCUAUGUUGUUGUUUUCUUUACCAUCAUUUGACAUUGGGUUUCAUAAA